GUGUACAGUCGAGGCUGUAUUGGGAGACCGGGACUGUGUGGGGAAGAUAGUGGGAAGGGGGAAGAAAAGAGAGAUGUGGGAGGGAGGGGAGAGGAGGAACGGAAGGAAAUAGGGAGAGACGUGCAGUGGGUCACUCUCUUCCUUUCAUCGCUAAUGUUCGCACCCCCAUUCCACCUUCUCCUAGGCUUCUUCUCACUUCUCUCUUCCCCAAGCAUCCUUCCUGCUGCUCGCGCCCAUUCCUCCCCCCACGCCGCCCCCCGCCCGGCCCCCACUCUUCCGCGCCUAGGAGGACCUCCUCAGGGGACCAGAUUUCCGCGCGGCUGCGACCCCAAGCCUGGCAACAUGUGGAACGCGACGCCCAGCGAGGAGCCGGAGCCUAACGUCACGCUGGACCUGGACUGGGACGCUUCUCCCGGCAACGACUCACUCUCUGACGAACUGCUGCCACUGUUCCCCGCGCCGCUGCUGGCGGGCGUCACUGCCACCUGCGUGGCGCUCUUCGUGGUGGGCAUCUCGGGCAACCUGCUCACCAUGCUGGUGGUGUCCCGCUUCCGCGAGCUGCGCACCACCACCAACCUCUACCUAUCCAGCAUGGCCUUCUCCGAUCUGCUCAUCUUCCUGUGCAUGCCGCUGGACCUCGUCCGCCUCUGGCAGUAUCGGCCCUGGAACUUCGGCGACCUGCUCUGCAAACUCUUCCAGUUUGUCAGCGAGAGCUGCACCUACGCCACGGUCCUCACCAUCACCGCGCUGAGCGUCGAGCGCUACUUCGCCAUCUGCUUCCCGCUGCGGGCCAAGGUGGUGGUCACCAAGGGCCGUGUGAAGCUGGUCAUCCUUGUCAUUUGGGCCGUGGCCUUCUGCAGCGCGGGGCCCAUCUUCGUGCUGGUGGGCGUGGAGCACGAGAACGGCACAGAUCCCCGGGACACCAACGAGUGCCGCGCCACCGAGUUCGCUGUGCGCUCUGGGCUGCUCACCGUGAUGGUAUGGGUGUCGAGCGUCUUCUUCUUCCUGCCGGUCUUCUGCCUCACUGUGCUCUACAGUCUCAUCGGGAGGAAGCUGUGGCGGAGGCGCGGCGACGCGGCGGUGGGCUCCUCGCUCAGGGACCAGAACCACAAACAGACAGUGAAGAUGCUUGCUGUGGUGGUGUUUGCUUUCAUCCUCUGCUGGCUGCCCUUCCACGUGGGAAGAUAUCUGUUUUCCAAGUCUUUCGAGCCUGGCUCUCUGGAGAUCGCGCAGAUCAGUCAGUACUGCAACCUGGUGUCCUUUGUCCUCUUCUACCUCAGCGCUGCCAUCAACCCCAUUCUCUACAACAUCAUGUCCAAGAAGUACCGGGUGGCCGUGUUCAAACUUCUAGGAUUUGAAUCCUUCUCCCAGAGAAAGCUUUCCACUCUGAAGGAUGAGAGUUCCCGGGCCUGGACAAAGUCGAGCAUCAAUACAUGACAUCGCAGCGCAUCUCUCCGUCAUCGCUCAUUGCUCCACACCAGAAGCCAUAGCCAAGCGGGACUUGGGAGGAGGCAGAACGUCAGUUUGGGGAUUAGAGACAAAUGGAUCUGGAAACAAUUGGGGGUGGGGAGUAGAGCCAGAUGGGCAGGGUCCGUGCAGAUUGAUCUAUUUGUGCGCCCACCAGAGCACUCAUGUGCAGCCCCUGCACACCUGUGUCUGUGAUUUUGCGAAUUUGCAUUUGGAGCUUCUGACAGCUUUGCAGCUCGAAGGAGGGAGGGGCGCAGAGCAGGCAACGGCCGUCCUUCUUGGUGUGUAACACUAAACUCCAUUUGCUUUUCUCAUCAUAAUAGAAGUGACAUGAGAUUCCAAACAGCAACUUAAGACAUGACCUUUCAAAAGCUAGCAGUCUCCACAAAGCUCCAUCACACGCACCCCAAAGCACCAUAACGUAAGGCAUAUAUAUAUAUAAUCAAUAGGCAAUGAUUGAUGAGAAAUCUCCACCUUUCCUCAGCGUAGUAAACCUGAAGUCUAGUAUGUUCCCUAUACACGCAGCCCACUUGCAGUUGGGCAGUUAGUUUCAUUAGUAAUAUCGGAUGCAUUUAAUUUGAGCAUGGAAAAGCAGAUCCAAUGGCUUAAGUUUUGUGAGCACACUUAAAACUUUUAAGUAACACACUUUACAAAGUUUUUGUUUUAAUUCAGAGUUAAUUAAAACAAGCAAUUCAGUCCUUUGGUUGUACUAGGUAGUAUAUUUCAAGUAUUCAACAGACAAAUGUGGCUCAUGGUUCUCAUACCAGGCAGAUACUCCAGAGUACAUGCAAAAUAAUUGUUAAUCUCAUAUAAAAAUUUUAAAUAUGUACCUGUUCCUUUCAACUGUUUUUUUAAAAAAUAGUAUUUUAGCAUACCAGCAUUUUAGAGUAAUAAAUCCUAAGGUCAUACCUAAAUGCUCUACCUUCAUGAUGGGAAGAGAGUGGGAAACAUCUUAAAAUUAAGUUAUACAUUUCAAAAAUAUGUUUAAUUGCAUGUAUUAAUUCAGGAAUAUUUUAUAAUAUUUCUGAAAUGUUUUUGAAAAACAUAGCUAAUCACAGACUGCCUUUUGGACUUAAUAGAUGAACUAAUUACAAGCCUUUAAUUUGUGAAUAAGUUAUUUAUUAUUUAUUCUGGCCAGUUUAUAUAACCUAAAGAAUAUCAGAAAGUUACAAAUGGUAAAGCAGGCUCAGAAUUUCCACAACAUUUCUGCCUAUUUCUAUUUCAACUUGUCUCUGCCUUGUCUGAUCUACCCACAUGCCACUCUUCAAGUGAUAGACACGAUCAAUGGAGUUCUAGUCUCCUUGGUCAUCAUAAUUAUGAAUGUAUACACCUUUUAAUAAAUAUUGUGCAUUUGGGUUCUAAAAAACUAAAUUUUCAUUUAUAAAGGUACUCCCUUCUCUAUUCAACAGGAUGACCUAAAUCUAUCAUUCCAAAAUGAUUUCUUGCAUCCCAUGAGCAGCUCCUACUGAGAGGACUGUUAAGGCCGUUGAAGGAAGUUCAUGUCAUGAUUGUUUUGCACCUGCUUAAAAAGAAUGAUUUUUAUGCUGAAGCGAUAGAUUGCCUAUUUACGUUGGAAACAUCAAAAGCCAACCACAACUAGAAGCACUUUUAAAGAAAUAUUUUUCAAAUCCAUUUGAACACAACAGUCACUCUAAAUGGCCAACGUUAACCAGCUGACUCUUCCGCUAGUUCUUGGGAGUGCGUUAGCAGGCACACUGAUGCACUUGGUUCUGUGAGAUACGUGCUAGGCAUCCAGAGCCUAGCUCCUCAUUCGUGCUCAGUAAAUUAAAAGGAGUCAUUUUGGUUUCCUGGGGCUUCAGAGUUGUGUCUAUAAAUACUUUACACUUGAACAGAAACACAUUUAAUUAGUUUCUUAAUCUCUUCACUUAGCCCCAUCUCUUGGGGUCCACACCAGAAGUCCUGAACUUACAUCCUGAGACUGAAUUACAGAGAAAGGGCCACCCUAUUUCCCACUGGCUAACCUGAAAAGUGAAAGAAUGUGUUUAGAGAAAGGAAUCUAAUUUGUCCUCUUUACUUAUUAUCUUUUAAAAAAUUGCUUACAAGUUCUUUAUGUUAUUACAUUUCUUGUUUUGUUUAAGACUCAGGGCAGAAGAAAAUUACACUGACACCAAUUGUUUGGGAAAGCUCCCCUUUGGUCAACAUUUUGGAUGUGCCUGCUAUGUUCUGAGCUACAAGAAAUUAACAAGCCAAAGAUUUUAUUUAUUCUUAGUGAUCUCACUAUCACCUCUGGGUCUUGUUGCUGUGGAAAAUGGAUAAAGAUGUUUGAGUUAUGGAGUAGACAUUUCUAGUGGGCACUCUAUCAGAUUUCCCCACCACAGGACUACAAUGAGCCAUUCAGCCCACUCGUGUGUUGUAUACUUGGCUGCAAAUAUAUUUGAAUAGGCUGUCACUACAAUCUUUGUAGACAGAGCUAAUAUGUCUGCUAGUGAGAAUCACACUGAAGGCAUUCAGAAAGGAAAGAAGCCAGCUUCUCUUUUAUCCUUAUUUCCAAUGCCCUGGUCACCCAGAAGUAAGGUUUCUGUCACAGUUUAGGCAGUCUCAAAGUCAAGGUUAUGGUCCUCAAUAUAGACAGUAACUGUGACAUGAGCAGGAGUGUUUUGAAUGAUCACUUUAAACAUGCAUGCCUGCCAAUUAUUUUAAAUUGGAAAGUCUAGCUGGGUGUGGUGGUACAUACUUGUGACGCCAGCACUUGGGAAGUUGAGGCAGGGGGAUUACCAGGAGUUCAAGGACUGCCUGAGUGGUUUAGUGAGCUCUGCCACAGCCUGGGAUGCAGAGUGGGAGCCUAUCUCAAUAAGCAAGCAAGCAAACAAACAAUAAUGUUAAAAUCUGUAGAAAGGAAAUUUAGAAACACUUCUAGUACUGCCUAGAAAAAUCACUUCUUAGUGAACUUUUAGCUGCGGUGCAGGCUGUUGUGGUUAUGAUGUUGAGGUUAUGAUGGACAGACUUAACACUCUAGUUCCUUUUUUCCAUGCAAAUACUUUUUUUUUUAAGUCACUUUGUUUUUGUAAAAUUUAUCCAUAUACUUGAAUUUAAUAUCAAAAAAGAGAAAAAACUGUGAGAUUUUGUGCAAGACUGGUGCCUACAUUUUUGUCUCUUAAAGAGCAGUCUGUACCUCUUUGAAACAUUGCAUAAUAUUUAUAUAUACAGAGCGUUCUUGUCACAAUGUGUAAGCUAAUGGAGUCCUUGUGUUUUCAGAAACACUGUAUCUAGUGUAAAUAACGGCAUUACAAGAAUGAGAUGACGUCCUUGAGGACACACCAUGUCUAACUUGGCUUGUUAGCUAAUGAGUCGCCUGUGACUUCUUUGCAAUUUAAACUGUGGCAGGAGCUGGCCUGUACAGUUGUCCAGGUGAUCAGUGAUAGGUGCCUUGGGAGCACAAUCUGUUUAUCUGCUAUUCAAGAUCAACAGGAAGUUACACAGGAGCAACACAGACCCCCAAUAUUAAGCUCAUGCCACUUCUGAAUUCAUAUUUUUUCAGAUACAACUGUCCAAGUCUUGUAAUUGUAAUAAUAUAAAUGUGAAGCAAUUGAGGAGGAAGAUUCUGAUGGGGUUUAUUUUUGUGGUUUUCCUUCUGAACACUAAUGCUUUCAGGGCACUGAAAGUAGUGAUUUAGGCUGGCAGCAUUGUUUCCUUAUUUCUUCAGUGUUGUGUGUUUAUGCCCCUGCUACUGUUUGAGCCAUUACUGGAAUUUCCACUAAUACUUUAUGCCUUUAUUGUAUGUACCUUUGCCCAAAAGACUGUCAGCUACUUUCAAAACUGGGAGGAAAAAAAUGGUGAAAGAGAAACCCUACUUUCAGAAAACAUGUCUCAUGAAGAUGACCUGAAAGUUCAGUCAAAAUUGUCACAAACUCCCUCUCUUGGCUCCCCUUCUCCCUCGAAUACAGAAAGAAAGAGCAUUGGGGGAAAACAGCUUGAUAGAUUUCCAUAGUCUUAAUAAUUCAAACCCCAAAUCACAUAUAUAGCUCAAACCAUAAAAAUGUAUAUAUUCCUCACAUUUAGCCUUGUGGAUUUAAUGUAUUGUUCAAGUGACUAUUUCUAAACACCAUAGUAGCAUCACAGCUAUAUGGUGUAGCUUGGCACGAGUGACUGGUCCAUUUAUGUCACCAUAGUGUGUCAGAAAUGUCACUGGGGGUAUUUUGAAGCUGUUUGUACAUGUUAACUAAGACUUUGCUGUAGCUCUCAUGUACCUAUCUCACAGAAUUUACAUUCCCAUUCCUGAUAUAAUAACCAAACAAUUGCUUAAUAAAUAUCUUUUGAAAGCA